AUGACAAAAGACGGCAUGUCAGUUGAAGAAACAUCCAAUCCACCAAAUAGUCUAGAUAGUGGAACAACAACUGUUAAUCAAUAUGCAACGAAAAAAACUUUAGCAGUUGGUAAUUUAGAAAUCGCAUUAAUUGCAACAAAUGCUAUACAAUUAAAAACUCUUCUUGGUAAUACAUCUAAUAAAGAUACACUUUGGUUGGUUGGUUUAAUACUUGUUUGUGCAUCAUUAAUUAUUCAAAUUUUCAAUGCUUGUAUUUUAGUACUAUUAGGUACAGAUGAUAUAUCAAAAAAAGGUCAUCAACAUCGUUUAGUAUCAUUAAAUAAUUUUUCUCUUAUGUUAUCUGUUCUUGUAACUAUUAUAAAUGUUGUUCUUAAUAUUAUUGUAGCUAUUGAACCGCAAAUCCUUAAUCAGACAUUAAAUGGAACUAAAAAUUUUCAUUAA